CGAAACAAACCUUUUUAAGCGCAUUCAUCGACAUCACCUUGGCCUCCUUAUCCACGAUCCCAACCUCCUGAUCGCCCGCGUCGAGCUUCGACGUCCGCCGUCUUCCUUCUCCAUUCAAGCAGGAUUUGUGUUUGCCGUCUGCUUUGAAAAAACUAAGGAGAUUAAGUACAGGAAAAUGGCAGGAGGGAACUUUAUGCACAGAGUUAUCUCCUAUAUUGCUAAUGAGAUCGUUGUGAACGGUCUGGCUAAUAGCCCUGCUUUUCAAAGAUUUGCAGUGAGGACAUCAAAGAGAUUGGAGGAGGUGUCGAAUAUGGCUGCACAAAAAAGACGAGAAAUUGCAGACAAGGUGAAGGAUCUAUCUGAGGAAAUAGAGUCACGGAGAAACCACUAAAAGGUUUGUGUUAGUGAGAAGCUCAUUGGCAUGGAGCGCUGCAUGGAUGCCCUCAUCUCCUCCCUCUCUGAGUAGUUAAAAAUAAGAUGCUUGAUGUGGAGUUAGAGGAACUUAUAUGUUUUAUAGAUAUCGAAUUUAGAGCCACAUUGUUGCCCGAGUAUUUGAAGAUUGCAGUCGUUUUUCUUUUCUUUGAACCUGGAUUAUCUGGCAGUCGGUUCUGCAGUCACAAAAGGUCAUGGCUCUGAUUAUAGAGAACCUGACUGUGGGAACUGCAUUUGGACCUCGUUUGUACCCUGUUAAAAUUCAACAAUGGCUCGUUGGAUCAAA